GGCUAGCCGUUCGGACGAGGGGUCCCGGCCUCCUGACGAACCCUGCCCCUCCAGCGAGGAAAAUGGUGCUGGCGGACGCGACAUUGACGGACAACCGUCGACACGUGUUGGUCAACGGCAACAAAGAAUGCGGCAUCGUGGUCAGCAACCUGGUGGAUGGAGAAUGCCUCAGCUACAGUCUGGCUCUUAUCCGAGGCAGGGCUCCGAUUCUGUGCCCAUACGUGACGGUCAGGGGCCACAAAAAUGCAAUUGGUCAGUGGCCAAUCGUCAAUGGCGAGUUCCGCGCCCUGGUUGAUCUCUGCAGGGGUACCAACCAGCUGGAGCUGGAAGCUGGAGGCAUCAGGAAGCAUCUGACACUGAUACACGAACCCCGGGCCACCAGGUUACGCGUCACACCGGUUUACGUGAUUUGUUCAGGACACGAUGGCUACUUCCAGGGUCCACGAUGCGAGGAUCGAUCGCCCGAAAGCGCAGCCACCAGGAUCGGUCUGGGAGCCAGGUUGCUGCAGACCCUGACUGCGGAGAAGCUGCGCGAGGCUGGACAUGGUAGGAAAACCUUCCAACUGGAGCGGGACCUGGACGGAGCGGAGUGUUUGGUGAUGCACAGUAUGCUGCACGUGGACAGAGCCAGGGCCAUGUCGCAGCGGGCCCUCUGGGAGCUGAUCGGCCGUGAGCUGAUGACCGGCCCCCUGGCUUCCAGAGAUAGGAAGUACCUGGCUUUUCUCUCGUGCACCAGAUACCGGGGUGCCCCAAACCCACGUACCCAUGAAGACACCCUGGCCCGAACGGAAGGUCACGCUGCUCUGGGAGGAGGUGGUCUUGCGCUCUUCGGGUCCGCCUGCUUGCACACCUGGCCUACCAAAAUGUCCCAGGUGCUAGCCAGGUUCCUGGAUCCAACGAUGGUCGACACGGAGCAGCUGAUGGAUGAUAGUAACUACCGUGGCACCCAUGGAGGCUGCCUGGCCACCACAUUGGGCUCUGCUCUCCACGAGUUGGGCCAUACUUUCGACCUGGGCCACACCAGGGAGGGCAUCAUGGGCCGUGGGUUCGACUACGUCGAUCGCGUCUUCGUCGGCGGUGCUGGCAUCGACUUCAACCGAAACCCCAUCAGGAGAGACCCCCAGCACACCACCGUGUCCCUGUGCAGGCCCCUCAGCGUUACCGUCACCAUCCAGGACGUCGUCCACCUCAGCCCUAGAAGAGGUCGGCUCCUUUCAGAGACCUCCAGGCCCUCACCGUCCGCCAGUCCCAGGAACACCCCGGGAAGACUCUCCGCCCCAGCCAGUCCUGAACUCAACAGGUCCUUCGCCAAGACCCUGGCAGCCUGCGAGCCUCCUUCCCAGCCAGACCGAACAUUCUGGGGACCUUCUUGUGCCGCUCUCCUUGCGUAUCAUCGCUGGUUCGCAGGCGAAAUAGACAACCACGCUGUUCGGGAACGCGACAUCGAGUACGAUGGCAAAAGGAAUGUCGUGCGUUCCCACUUCGGUGUCCGCGUGAUGGAACUCCGGGAAUCCUCUGGUGGCAUGGUGGUCUGUUCCAGGCAGUUCCCUGGACCUCGUCCACCGCUGGAAGCUCUGGUACCUCCGCCACCUCCACAUUGCAUCUCCAGCUUGACCCUCGUCGCCGAGGACUCGGCUGGGAACCUUCUGAAACACCCUUUACCGACCGCCUUCUAGAAAUAAUAGAACGCUUUCGUUUUCCUUUUCGCGAAGGAAUCCGUUUAACGUUGACGACUUUUUUCCUCAAUGGGGAACGAAGUCGUCGCGAAACUACAAUCUCGACAGAGGGAGGUAGCCGAUGGGCUUUCAUUUAGUUUCCAAAGUCAGACUCGAGUUUCUUUCCUUUUCCCUCGGUGAUUUUAGCAAGGUACUUCCUUGAUUGUGGCCUACCUCAGCGCUGACCAAAUCAUGAAUUAAGGUGAGGUUGAAUACAUAUACAAAUAUAUAUUACAAAUAACGGGCGUAGUCUCCCAGUUGAUAAACCAAAUAAGGGUGGGACUCUGACCACGGUCAGUUGAUGUACAAGGUUCUCUUGGUGCGGGCAACGCUUAUUUUGGCCAAAGACACCAUUUUUCUUCGUUUACCUUUCCACUUUUUUCUUCGGUGAACGAAGUCUAAGAGUGAUUUUUAGUCGUCAUUCAUUUAUUUUUACGUUGUGUAAUGAGCAGUAAAAAUUAUGUAGGAUGAUCUCUUCAACAAAUGGUGGACCAGGAUGGUCUUGGUUUACCAUUUGCCGCUAGUUCCUAUUUGUUAAUGUCAAUGACGACUCGAUUAAUAAGUUGCACACCUUCCAUUAGAAUAGGAGUGUGUUUGAAUGUGUUUCUCCCAAGCACAUCCUAUUGAAAUGCUUCCACUUCUAAACAGUACGACCUUAACGAACAAAGAUAACUGAUCGUUUAGUUCAUAACCUUUUAGUCGAGAAAACUGCAAGGGCUGUGUGCAGAUUUUUCGCAGUCGCGGCCCUGAGCCAUGAGAAAAGAAAUUAACAAAACUAUAUAUUCUUAAUUUUAAUGACGAUCAGAUUCAGGGAUGGGCACGCUUCAAUUAAACUAGUUUCUGCUUUUAAUUGCACUGCUGUUUACGUACCAGACAAGGUGCGAAUAAUUAAAUAUAAGCAUAAAAUAUUCAUUUCGUCAAAUUAUCCAGACCAACACACUUCAAGUGAUGUGGUGUAAGCAAUAAUCAAAUUACAAUUGAAGCUGAUUAAUUGUGACCAUCUCUGAUCGAGAUAGACAACUAUUUGGAUAAAGUUUAUCAUAAUCGAACGUACAUGUGAUAAGAUUGAAAGCUCGAAGUUGUGAUUCCAUAACUUCUAUUUAGUCGGUUUAUAGGAUUAAAGACUUGAUUAAUGAGGCUUGACGAUUCCUGCAGGUGAUUUCUUAAGAAUGUGAUAUUGCUGGUUUUCCUUUGACAAGGUAUAUACAAAUUAAUUGAUACAUUUUUUAAAUCGUUACCCUGCAUUCUAAAUAACAUUGGAACUGUUCUCCUGUAUCAAAAUAGAUAUAAUGGUACGUCUUUUUGUCCUGUAUUCAUGAAUUUUAAUUUAAACGGAACGUUUGAUAAAUAUUAAUUUGUAUAUAUCUGUGUAGUAUUAUCUAUACACGUAUAUAUACAUAAAUUGCGUUGCUCGUCAAUGAUAAAUAAAAUAUAACUGCAUCAAGCUAAGGCGAUGUGCACAAAACUAUUGACGACUAUAGAGGAUCUGACGAUAGAAGAUAUAAUAAUUCUAGUUACCCUCUGGGUUAUUUAAGUCAAACGUCAGCCAUAUAAUACCAGACAUGGCUACCGAUGUUUCACAGCAUUUAAUUAGGAUCCCCUGUAUCCAGUAUUAUUUAUUAACUUAUUUUAUUAAUUUAGGCUAGAGGAAUCUAUGAAGAGACAAUAUUGUACUGCAGAUCUCGUCAAAUGGAUGAAAGAUGCGCAGAUGUACGUACUACAAGAAAAUACACGAGCAUUUAGAGGUUAACUCAAAAUCACCAAGUUCACUCGCGUGCGUUUCACUUUCCUAAAAUUCCAAAAACCGCCUGUCCUCCUUGGAGGAAAUGACAAAGACUCGCUCAAUUUCGUUCGAUAAACAUUUCUUUUGUGAAUCAUGUCCCACGA